AUGAACACCGAGCAGAACAAGAUAAAGCGCAGGGACUUCCUCGUCAGAUUGCAGCAGCUGCAGGCUGUUGGAAAGUCCAUUGGCUACAUGGACGAGACCAAUUUUAAUCUCUGGUCAUCUCGCACGCGCAGGCACGCUGUCAAGAAGAUGCUGGCAGGUGGCGGCCAAAACUUGCAGAUGGUUGCCUACAUCGGUAAGGUAGGGGUCAUCCACUACGAGAUGAAGCUGGGUAGCAACAAGUACCAGCACUCCAACGAGUUCGUUCGCAACACACUGCGGAAGUUCGCGGACGUGAGCAAGGUAGUGGUGGUCCUGUACAAUACACCGUGCAACGCGCGUGCUUUCAAGUCGGCUGUAAAGGACUUCAUGACCGAGCGCCGAGCUGAGAUCAUCGCUGUUCCGCCUGGUACGACGAUGAAAGCGCAUCUCCAACACUUCCCCAUCGAGGCUGCUGAGACGCUCUUCCCCCGUGUUACGACAGCGCAGCUGUGUGCAUCGUGCUACUACCACACACUCAGAUUCCUCGUCAAGGUGGCCGCUCUCGAGGGCUGCUAA